CAAGAUGCCCAAAACAAAACAAAACACUUUAAAUUAUAUAUUGUUACUAAUAACACUGUCAAAAUUUUUUGCAAAAUUUACGAGUUAUCAAAAUUUUGUAGUAAAAUUUAUAAAAUUUAAAAAUGGCACGUAGACGCGGAAGAAGACAACAAGCACCAUCACCAAUUACAUACCCACCUGUCACCACCAAGAAAUGGAUACCACCUGAUCAAAGACAGAAGCAAUGCAGACCUAAACCAUCACCAUAUCCUCCACAACUCACUCAGAAACUCACAAUUUCCUCUUUAUUAAAAGUAUGGCAUGAUUACAAAGUUAUCAAUGAUUGUGCUGUGCUUCUCGGAGAUUUAAGCAUGUAUCAUCCAAGAUUCACUUAUGUUACAAAUGGUUUACAAGGUCAUGCUAUCUGUAUAGUCUGCGCAUUGUAUUCAAAACUAUGCCCGAGCUUUCAUUGGUGUUCAAGGACCCUGGAUGAGAUUGUCAUCAUUGGAGAUAGAUAUUUCCAAAGGAGUUUACGAUUCCAGAAAAAUCCCAAUAUGACAAUUUGUCAGUUGAACAAAGAUAUCUUCAUCCACAGUCAUAAGAUCACAAUCUGUUUACGUGGGGAACGUUUUCAGGGAUUGAUCUUUAAAGACCUAGAUACUAACUCUAAAGAUUAUUUAGCGAAUGUGAUUAAAGAAUUUUUUGGAUGUUAUGAUUGUGGUAUCUUAUGUGCAGAAAGCAACCCAAAGAGAUACUUUACAAUCUGGAAGUUUAGAAAUGGGUUCUUCCUCUUUGACCCUGUGGAUCAUGAUGAAAUGUGUUGGCCUUUGAAGAAACCUUUUGUGGGCAAAGGUCAUACCUUUACAGUGAGAUUCCCCACAACAGAUAGAUUGGUCCAGGUGUUGCAGAGACAGAUGAUACCAGCAAAUAUAUCAUUUGAGUUGAUCCCUGUGGAGAUUGAGAGGAUCGCUUAUAUUAAUACAAGGUAUCCGGCGUGUUUAGAGGAUACAUGCGAGGAGGACCCGAAUAUGAAGGAUAAACUUCAAAAGGAAGCGGACGAGAGGACGUGUUUACAAAAUACAGCAAAGAUCGUGGACAAGCCUCCAGCUGAAGAAAAAGUUGUUGUAGAUGAUGAUGACGAUGCGGAACCUGAUGUAGACCAAGGAGAAGGAGAUGAUUACCAACAAGGAAAGUCUAAAGUUAAGAAGAAAGCAAUUGUGGAGAAACCUAGAGUUGAAUCUGUUACUUAUUUCAACUAUAUAAUUCCUGAAAGAAUUGGUAUCAUGCUAGCAGAGACCCAUCAAGAUGAUCCAGAAUUUGAAAGGUGUUAUUCUCUAAAAGAUUUCUGUAUGGCCCUUGGAGCUAUAGUCCAUUUGAGAGAAAAUAAAGCUAAAUAUUGGACGACACGUAUAGUGACCAACUGCCUUCGACUUGGUCUACGAAUCUGUAUCCAGUCCUUAAUUCUAAUAAAACCUGACCAUAUCCUAAAGGUUCAAAACAUAAUCAAAAAAAUUGAAUUAAAUGAAAAGAACUUCACUCCUGAAAUACAACAAUAUGGUGCAAUAGGAAAACUGCAAUCACAAGAUUCUGCAAUUCUUGACCUCUUACCAGCAAUUCGUGAAGUCCUCUCAGAACAUGAUGCUAUUAUUAUUCAGGGACCUUUAGUUGUCGCCAUUUGGAAAGAAGAAGACUUGUUUUAUCUCUUUGAUGCACAUGAAAGAGACCCCAAUGGUUUUGCUAUAGUCAAAGAAGUACAGAUUGGCAGUGUAAUGGAAGCUGUUGAUUACAUCAGUGGUGUUGCAUGCCUCACCUGGUUUACAGACCUCAGGGAUUUAGUUGAUAUGUACAUGGCUAAUGUCGACAGGGAUAAAAGACAUGAUACUUUUAUAAUCUCCACAGUUGAGGUUAAUGAUUAUAUAGAAUUACCUUCUGAUUGGUGUAACUUCAAAGCUAUAUGUCCGAAUAGAUGGAUUCUUCAGGGAUCUUUUGCUCAGGGUGAUAUUAAGUUCUCUAAAGAUACCAGGAAUACUCAGUGUACUGCAAAUUGUGCUAUGGCGUUGACUUAUUGUCAUUUGGUGAAGAUUGAUGAUUGGACAACUGAGACCAUAGAUGAGGUUCUGGAUCAAGGUGAUAUUUAUUACAAGAAGUGUAUUGACCAUCAUGAGAAGAAAGGGACUUUGAUAUCUCCCAUGUUGCUUGUUUCUGAAUUGUUACCAGAGUUUGUUUUGAAAGAUAUGUUGGUUACUUUUGACGUGUCUGAAUGUAUGGUUAAUGGGGUUAUAACCAUACCUGAAGAAUAUAGGAAUACAUGGAAUCUACAGAAAGGGUUCAAGGAGUUUUUUAAAGAUAAUGAUUAUGGUAUACUGACCUGUAGAGGGAUAUCAGUUGCUGUUUUCAAAGCACAUGGUCAAUACUUUUACUUUGAUUCUCAUGACAGGAAUAAUUUCGGGUUUGUGGUUGCUCAUGGUAAAGCCUGUGUUCAGAAGUUCCUGGAUUCUGAUACCAUGGCUGAGGUGAUCAUGGGUAACCUAGGACCUGAUGUAACCCUAGCUAUUUAUAACAUUUCAAAACUUGAUGUGAAGAUAUUUAAUCCAAUACCACCUGGGGAGAUGCCAGAUGAAGAUGAUUCUAGUUUUGCUUCCGUUGAAGAAGAAGAAGAGGAAGAUGAUGAUGAAGAGAAUAAACUAAGUCAUUUGGUUGUAGAACGUCCUUUGUUUAACUAUACAAAAAUAACUAAGAAAAGAGCCAUUUUGAGGAGUUCUACUCAUCAGAAAAAGAUUGAAAUGUUUGAUGUGUAUGCUGGGAAGCAAACAAUGGGUAACCUCAUGGCUGCACCUGGAAUGGCAAGGAUCUUCAUCCCUAAUGAAUGGACUGUUGAUAUAUUAGACGAUGUCCUAAAAACAGGUCAAAGUGUUUAUGAGAAAUCCAUUCAGAAUUUCUAUAAAAACCUUGGAAAAGAUUCUGCUGAAGAAGAAGAAGUUGACUUUAAAGAAACUGAUGAUAUUACCGUUGAUAAUGUAAUCAAAGAUUUCAAAAUAGGUGUUAAUAAGUUUAUAGUAGAAUUUGAAAUGAUAGCCGAAGGAGUUAUUUCUGCAAAUGGGACUGACCUUGCAAAUGCCCUCAAAAGUUUCUUCUCUGAAGAGGUACGGGAAGAAGAUGACCAUAAAGAAAUCAUUGUACAUACAGAUUACUAUGAUGUGGUCCUAUGGAAAUCUGGGACCUUGUAUUAUCUUUUUGAUCCUAACCCUAGAGAUGAACAGGGUAUGAUUUACGGAAAGGAAGAAUGGAGUGAUAUCCCUCUGGAUCCUACCCUUACUGAAAUGGAAUAUGAUGAUCAUGAUGACAACAUAUUUGAUCUUGAUGAGGAUAUUCAGGAAGAAGAAGAAAGUAAAAAGUUGGAGAUUGAAAUGAAUUCAGAAAAGAAAAUCAGACAAUUAUUAGAAAAAGAAUGGAGGGAGUAUGGGUUUGUUGAAGAAGAGCAAUCUGUAUCACCUGUUAGACAUCCUCUGGAAUACUGGGAAGCACAUGCAAAGGAAAAAGGGCGGGCUUAUAUAAUGUGGGCUACUAAACCCAAGUUCCUCAUUAAGCACCUGAUAGCAAAUAACCCUCCUAAAUAUAGAGAUGAUUCACAGUUUGGGUUAUUCAGAAUGGUACUGAGGAACAUCCCUGAUGUUAAAGAUGUCUAUGACCCUGUGACCGGACCUAAACCUGAUGAAAUUGCAGGGGAUUGGAAUGAAUGGAGGGAGAUAACCUAUGGUCAGUGGAUCCUUCGUGGAGGGAUGCAUGAAAAGAAUGUGAUCUUCCCAGAAUGUAACAGAGGGUUGCAAGCUCAUGCAAACUGUUUAAUAGCAUUAUCCUAUGGUCAUAUAUUUGCUAUGUCCCAGUUUACUAAGAAUACCAUUGAUCAAAUUUUAAAGUAUGGGGAUCGUCUCUAUACCUCUACCAGAAGAAUCCGAAGAAGGGAAUUAGAAUCCCUAACUGAUUUAGAAUUGACUCCUGAAGAGAUUGAUGAAGUUCUUGCCAGGGAAACCUAUACAAUAGAAAAUCUGGUUAAGACUUUCUGUGUAGGUGAUGAGUCUGUUGCUGUAAAGAUAAGUGAGACCAUGAUUGAAGGUGAGAUCAACGCUGAAGAUGUUGAAGAUGAAUUUGAUGUCAGUAGAGGUCUUGAGCAGUUCUUUGCUGCAGGAGGUAAUCGUUUGGGGAUCUUACAGUCUAAGACCCAUACUGUAGCUGUUUUCAGAAUGGGUACAUUUUAUUAUAUGUUUGAUCCGCAUGAGUGUGGCCCACAUGGUAUCAAAUGCCAGAAUGGUGUUGCAUGUAUAACCCGGUUUCAGGAGGUCCAACCCAUUUGUGACCUCUUUUUAGAAAACGUACCCAAAUGUGGUAAAAACUUCUUCACCAUACAGGAAAUAUCAAUAGGAGCAGCGGAUUGUACAAAGGUCUUGAAAGAAGAACUAAGGGCAACUGAAGAUCCCUUGAAAUUAUCAGGGUUUGAACCUGUUGUACCUGGUAAGAUGAUUAUCAGAGGUACCUUGAGUCAAGAAGAUCCUAUGUUUGGGAGAGGUGCCAAUGCUCAAAGUUCUCCAAUUGCUUGUGUUGCCCUUGCUAUGACCUUGAUCCACAGUACAGAAUACUGGACCAAAAUGAUUAUUGAUGAUGUGGUCUGUAUAGGGGAUGAUGUCUAUGCAAAAUAUAUAGAUAGGUGUGAUACAUUGUUCAAUCCCUGGGAAGAAAAACUAACCUUAGCCCUUUGUCCCAAAAACUUCAAAAUUGGUAAGAAUAAGGUUAACUUUGAACUUAGACAAACAGACCAAUCUGGUGUCAUUGAUAUAAAAGCACCUGACACACAAAACCUUCGUCAGGGAAUAGAAAACUUCUUCCUGGAAAAUGUCUAUGGGGUUUUAGAAACAGACCUGUUAACAGUAGCCAUCUGGCAGGAGUGUAAUGGGGUCAUAGAUUACAUUUACAUGUUUGAUCCCAACCCCAGGGGACCUUCAGGAAUGCCUGAAACAGAAUCUGGUGUAGCUUGUACAAUGCGUUUUGCUUCCCCUAAGUUGCUAUCUGAGCAUGUGAUAUCCCUGGUAUCUGAAGAUGCUCAGGGAAUGUUCCUGAUAACACCCAUAGAAAUAAUCAUAGAAAGAGAUGGUAAGAAAGUAAAGAAAACACCUAAAUACGGUCUACAGAAACCUGAAAAACAAGAAUCUCCACAUAAUAAGAAACAGGGACGUCUGAGUUACUAUACAAUCCCACCUGGAGAGAUGGAUAUCCUCAGGGGUAGCAAAAGUCAGAACCAUAAAUGCUACUCAGACAACUCCAGAGGUAACCAGGAUGUACCUAAUUGUAUUGUGGCUUAUGUCAUGGACAAACUCAUACCCAUCAAUAAAUGGACAUAUAAAAACAUUGAUAUGAUUCUGGACAUGGGUGACCUGUUGUUUAAGGAUUCCUACAUGGUUUAUAACCCUAAAGAAGAAAAAAUAGGUCUUGAGACCCUAAUCCGUGAUGUGGUUAUUAAAGACAUUAGAGUAAAAAUAUCAGUAGGUGCACCUGUGUUAACAGCCCAUUUUGGGGCCAGGCCCUUAACAGAAGCCCUAGUUGCUUGUUUUAACCUCAAAAACUUUUGUAUUAUUUUACUGGAUCGCUGGGCAUUGGCCCUGUUUAAAAAAUGUGAUACCUAUUAUAUGUUUGACCCAACUGAUCUAAAUCUCUAUGGGAAUAGAAUUGACAGGUGUGGAUCAGCUGCUGUCCUCAGGUUUGAAUCCAUAGAUAAACUCAUUGAGGUCCUCAUCAGAAACCUGGAAAGUCAACCGAUAGAAAACGAAGUGUUUAGAAUAAUCAUAGCAGCAGUGAAACAAAUCGAAAAAAUUCCUGUAGGUACUGAAUUCAAAACCCUACAGGAUAAUAAAGAUCUACUUGAUGAUAUCAUGCCAGGACCUCCUCUGGUGUCCUCUGAACCCGAUUGUGAUAAGAUUUUGUUUGGGCAUACAAAACCACAUAAAAAUCGAAAAAAGAAAUACGUACAAAAAUGUUAAUCAUUGAAUCAUGAAUGUUUUGUCAAGUUAUAAAUAAAUAAUAAAUUAUA